AUGCAUCUGGGCGGACGUGGCAUUCUAAGCCCGCAACUAUGUGCACUUCUGCCGGUCGAACGGCAUCCCGUGCCCUCACUGUUCUUCCUCGACGACCAACCGCAUGAACCUGGCUUCGAAUUGUCAGAGUGUACGACAACAGCUCUCUUCCACUUCUAUGAUGAGCUGCAAGACAUUUCUGUCCAGGCGUCGGCCCUCAACAGACACCAUCGCCCUAGAGGCACAUUGGCGGACGAAACUGGGGUUCAACGAAUCUCAGCAAAUAUUGCGGAUCAUCUGAAUAUCCUCUGGUUGGCUCGUCCGCGCCUUUUGUGUCUUACACCGAGACACAACGCUAAUUUUACCGGAACAAGUGAUUCCGCCUGCGAUUUGCUGGUGGCGCUCUGCAGGAUAUGCUACUUCGCCGAGACUGUUUACAUUGACAGGGCCCACAGCAAAGACCAUUCUACAAGAUCAGACGCACAGCAGUCCAUGCAACAAAUGCGUCAAGCCUUCGAGGAAUUCUCCACCUCAACGACAAACCAGCACCUAGAUGCUGCUCUCAUUUGGCCCCUGUUUCUGCAUGCCGCUGAGAGCCGGACACGGGCUGACGUUAAUUGGGCCCUAUCGAAGCUUCGUUCAAUCCAGAAUCCGUUAUGGCAAAGCGAGAUUGUCACUACAGUCGUCCAAGAGUUGACAGAACAACAGCUAAGUCGAGGUGAGAGAGUGGGACGAUGGUUCAUAAACACCACGGUCCCGUUGCCUCUUCGGCAAGCGGAAAUGCCAUAUGUGGAAACAUUCCGUCCACCGCCUUGA